GCGGUCCCGAAAAGUUAGGCCGUCGGGGGCCGCCACGUGGCGCAGGCCGCCGCGUACCUGGGUUGGGCCUUCGGAAUUCCGGAGUUCUCUGUUCGCCGCUAUGUCGACAAUUCACACAAAACGUAUUGGGCCAAUAGGGGGCUAUGGCCGGCCACGGAAUGACGUUGAGUUGAUGAUACGGGAGAAGAAGGCGGAAAGGAGGGAAACUGGUGGUGAUGACAAUAAAUCCCGGGUGGGUGAAGUAGUAGGUGUGGUCGGGGGAAGGGAAAUCAGAGCACCGAGGGUUGCUAGAGGUGGCGCAGUGGAACUCCCGCGAACAUAUGCACCGCAAGAGCACAGGGAAAGAGUGAAGAAGAUCCAGGCACGUGUCCGAGAAUGGAUCGACCUGGGAAAGCAGACGAAGAUGUGCACGGCUCGGCCUGGCUGGAUGACUGUGUCUCCACGCCAUGCGCAGUACAAGAAGGUGAUGUUCACAGUGGAGGUGGAUCUUACAGACAUCUUGGAAUUGGAUGAAGACAACAAAAUACUCCGCGUGGAGCCAUCUGUGAAUAUCCUGCAGAUAUUGGAUUACCUUCUCCCCCGUGGAUAUACUCUUCCCGUGCUUCCGGAGCUGGAUGAGCUCACUGUAGGUGGUUUGGUCAACGGUUACGGAAUCGAAUCAUCAUCGCACAAGUAUGGGUUAUUUAAUGACAUAUGUUCUGGGUUUGAAUUGGUGUUACCAAAUGCACAGCUGGUCAACUUGGGACCGGAAGACCCGAUUUUCCAUACCGUUCCAUGGUCGUUUGGAACAGUUGGGUUUCUAACAGCCAUAGAUUUGCAAGUCAUACCCGCACAGCCGUAUGUGCGUUUGAAGUACAUCCCCGUCUAUUCAAUGAGGGAGUGUGCCGAACUAUGGACACACGAACAGACAAAGCAGGUGCCGGUCGAGUUUAUCGAGGGAAUGAUGUAUGGGCCAAACGAAGGAGUGGUUAUGCUAGGGGAUUUUGCAGAGGCACCGGGACCGAACGAGCAGGUGGUGCACUUGAACACUUGGUACAAACCAUAUUUCUACAAGCAUGCGAAGGAAUUUAUUGACAGAAGACAGGAAGGCACCGAGGUUAUCCCUCUGAGGCAGUAUUAUCAGCGCCACAACAGAAGCAUCUUUUGGUCCCUCGAAGACCAAAUUCCAGUCUGUCAUCAUUGGCUAUUCCGUCUCCUACUCGGCUGGAUCCUUCCCCCACGUGUCGCUUUUCUCAAGCUUAUUGAAUCCGACUCUGUGACAAACUUCUACGAGGAGAAGUACGUGAUGCAGGAUUUCCUGGUCCCGCUCAACUGUAUGCUAGAGACUAUGGAAAUUUGUGAAAAGGAGAUUGCUGUGUAUCCACUUUGGCUGUGUCCACAUAUUAUGUUCAAUACGGGCCGGUACCAAGGAAAGAUCCGGGCGCCACAAGGGACAGAGAAGGAAGGCGAGUACGCACACUACGUCGAUGUUGCAGCGGUAGGGCCGCCGCGUGUCACACAUCCGUUUGACAUGACAAAGGCCAUGAGGACAGUUGAAGGAUACCUGCGAAAGGUUGGGGGGUAUCAAGGGAAUUACAGCUAUACUUAUCAGACGCGGGAGGAGUACCGUCAGAUGUUUGAUCACACUCUGUACGAUGAGGUAAGGAAGACAACAGGAGCUGCUGAGGCCUUCCCAGAGUCAUAUGACAAGGUUGCCAGGAAAAAUCAGUGGAAGAAGCAAGCAGGAACGAGAUGAUGUAAAGCAGAACACAAGGUCCAGUUAGGGAUGUACAGCAGGAUGUGAGGAAGUCAACAGGAGCUGUUGAGAGCAUCGGUGGAAGACGCAAGCGGAGUAAGCUGAUGUAAGACAUACAACAGGAGCUGUUGAGGCCAGGAAGAAUCGAUGGAAGAAGCAAGCGGAGCGAGUUCAUGGAGGGCAUACAACAGAAGCUGUUGAGGUCGGUGGAAGAGUCGGGGGUCGGUGGAAGAGUCGGUGGAAGAAUCGGUCGAAGAUUGGAAGGAUCGGUGGAAGAAGGGUGGAAGAAUCGGUGGAAUCGGUGGAAUCGGUGGAAUCGGUGGAAGUUUCAGUGGAAGGCAUACACGUGGAGCGAGCUGAUGUAAGGCAUAGCAAGGUGCAGUUAGGGAUGCAGGUGCAGAUUAGAAACAACAAGUCCCCAGUUCAAGACAUCAAAGGCACAGCACAGGAGCAGGGAACUGAAGUUGGAAGGCACUGAAGAAUGACUAUCAAGGCAGACAGGCAAAAUAGCUUAAGAAUAGGAUGGAAAACAAACAUGAAAGUUAAGGCAGGCAGGCAGAGUGACAAACUACUUCAGAGAGGCAAAUAGGAAAUAAGCAGACAGGCAGGCACAGUAUGCUGGAGCAAACAUGAAGGACUGGUAGAUAUUUAUGAAAGAUGGUAGUACUAUAUCCUGAAAGUUGAAGCUCGCAAUGGAAGUUGAAACUCCGAACAAAAGUUGAAAUUCAGGAUGACAGUUGAAACUUGAAACUCAGGGUGAAAGUGAAAACUCAGGAUGAAAGCUGAAACUCAGGGUGAAAGUGAAAACUCAGGGUGAAAGUUGAAGCUCAGGGUGAAAGUGAAAACUCAGGACGGAGAGGCUUGGGUAUGGAAACCUCAGAAGGCGCAUCGUACAAGGCAACAAAUUCGAUGAGGAAAUUAAAAGAAUAUAUAUAAUUGUGAAAGGGUUGUGAUAAAGCCGCUAGCUACCCAAUAAAAUAUCAUUGUGUGAAGUUUGGUUGGAAGUUCGAAGCCAAUCAGCUGUCGUAGGGUUUAGGGUUUGUCUCAAGUUGCAUUUCAAGCUCAAUGAAUCGUCGUAGGGUUUAGGGUGUGGCUUCUUUAGUCAUAAUGGAGUGUCAAAAUGUUUGGGGUUUGUCUAACUUUGUCAAUAAUUGAGUGGUAGUUCAAACUCAAUGAAACUGUCAUAAGGUU